AUGAAAGCCACAUGUGAAAAGUUCAAGAUCAAGCAUCAAAAUUCCACAGCCUACAGGCCACAAAUGAAUGGAGCAGUUGAGGCCACAAAUAAAAAUAUCAAGAGGAUCCUGUGCAAGAUGGUUGACAACAGUCGACUGCUAAGGUACUGUACCACCAUCAGGACGUGCACAGGUGCCACGCCUUACUUUCUGGUUUAUGGAAAAAAAGCAGUGAUACCAGCUGAGGUCAAAAUACCAUCUCUAAGAAUCAUCCAUGAAGUAGAAUUGAGUGACGCUGAUUGGAUACAAAACAAAUUCGAGCAACUGGCGCUCAUUGGCGGAAGACGAAUAAAUACAGUUUGCCAUGUCCAACUCUAUCAGAACAGAAUAACCAAAGCUUUCAACAAAAUGGUUAUGCCAAGACACUUUGCGCCAGGACAACUGGUUCUAAAGCAAAUUUUUCCACAUCAAGACGAGGCAAAGGGCAAAUUCUCGCCUAAUUGGCAAGGCCCUUACGUGGUUCAUCGAGUUCUGAUAGGAGGAGCACUCAUACUUGCAGAAAUGGAUGGCAUAGUUUGGUCUAAGCCCAUCAAUUCAAACGCUGUUAAGAGAUAUUAUGUUUAA